AGGCGGUCGGUCGGCGCGUCGUGUCGUGUCGCGGCUCCUCCUCCGCCCGACAGGCACGGCGGGCAGCUGGACCCGAGUCUGUGAUUCCUGGCAUGGCGUUGCGGGCGCGGGUCCCGGAGCCCAUCGCCACAGCUCGUCCAGCAACAGCGGCAGCAGCUCAGCCCGACGCCCGCCUGCCCCAGGGAGGCCUUGCGGCCGGAUGGCAGCCCGCGGUUGAGCGCUCGCCGCCCCCGUUUGGCUGCCGGGUGGCAUGGAGACACUCGGCGGCAACAAGGAGAUGCAGUGGAGCGGCGUGACUCGGCCCCUCGACCUGUUGGUCAGCUCGUACCGUUUGCCGCAGCUCGUCCGGCUGGAGGACGGGGAAACAGUGGAAGGGAUUCGUGAAACUGAUUUGGUGUUGCUUCAUUCCUGUCGACAGUGGACUACAAUUACAGCCCAUAGCUUGGAAGAGGGUCAUUAUGUGAUAGGGCCAAAAAUAGAGAUUCCUGUUCAUUAUGGAGGACAAUUUAAAUUAUUGGAACAAGACAGAGAUAUCAAAGAGCCCGUACAAUACUUCAACAGUGUGGAGGAGGUGGCAAAAGCUUUUCCAGAACGAGUGUACGUCAUGGAGGAAAUAACGUUUAAUGUUAAGGUAGCCUCGGGGGAGUGCAAUGAAGAUACAGAAGUGUAUAACAUCACCCUAAGCACCGGGGAUGAACUUACUCUGAUGGGACAAGCAGAGAUCCUUUAUGCCAAGACGUCAAAAGAGAAAUCACGACUGAACACUAUUUUUAAGAAAAUUGGUAAACUAAAUUCCAUCAGUAAAUUUGGACGAGGAAAGAUGCCCUGCCUUAUCUGUAUGAAUCACCGUACUAAUGAGAGCAUUAGCCUGCCUUUCCAGUGUAAAGGUAAAUUCAGUACACGUAGUCCCUUAGAGAUACAAAUGCAAGAGGGUGAGCAUACUAUUCGCAAUAUUGUUGAAAAGACCAGGUUACCAGUAAAUGUUACCGUUCCAUCUGCUCCGCCACGUAACCCCUAUGAUUUACACCUCAUUCGGGAAGGUCAUCGCUAUAAGUUUGUUAAUAUCCAAACUAAGACUGUGGUUGUGUGCUGUGUACUUCGGAACAAUAAAAUGAUACCUGUACACUUUCCACUUCAUUUAGUUGUGCCAAAGUUUACCUUGGCUGAAGGUCUCCUUAAGGGAGAGAUGUGGUACGUGAAUAUAGUUCAGCACUCAUUCAGCAUUUGUCAGGAACAAUUUGACAUUGAAGAAUAUUCGCGAGCAGUUCGGGACGUGAAGACUGACUGGAAUGGAGAUUGUAAAAGCCCAAAGAAGACUAGGUGUACCGGGCACAGUCACAUACCUAAUUCCCUUAGUUAUGCUCGUGAAGAAUUGACGCAGUCGUUCCAUCGACUUUCAGUAUGUGUUUAUGGAAAUAAUUUGCAUGGAAAUAGUGAAGUUAAUUUGCACGGUUGCAGAGAUCCUAGCAAUGAAUGGACUCUGUUUUCUCAUGAAACCCUUCUUUCACAAGAUUCUGGAGAUAGUGGCAGUGAUUAUCUGCUGCCUGAAGUGACUGAAGAAUCUGGAAUCCAGUCGCAGUCAGAUCUUCCCUAUGAGGAGCUCUGGUUAGAUCAGGGUUCGGGGAAACGGUGUGGGCAAGAUGCUUCCUCUGUGGGAGAGGGACUGAAAUCCGGUAAUCAGAGACAUUCCAUCUGCUCCAAGUGUCCGGUUUCUUCAGGCAUUUCUUCUCCACGUCCAUUGUCUACAUCUGAUAUUUCUCUACAUCCACCUCCAGUGCCUCCAAAGUCUGAAGCUGUAAAGGAAGAGUGCAGACUUCUGAAUGCCCCGCCCAUCCCCCCACGGAAUGUCAAGCCAUCAACAUGCAGUCCAUUAAUUCCUCCUCGACAAAUCCGCCAACAGACAAGUUCUCCCAGCCCGACGUUAUCUUACUAUUCUUCUGGAUUGCAUAACAUUGGUGCCACAGAGAAUGAUGCACCUCCAUCGAGUGAGAAGCAUUCCCCAGCUUCCUGUUACCCUUGCAACUGGAUCAACUAUAAUUCUAUGCACAGUGGAACUAAAUCACCGCUUAGAAGCCCCCCAAUGGACUCGCAUUCAAAUCGUUCAUCGUGGCCAAACCAACAUUAUGGGGAUAUUGAUGGCCUAGAGACUGGUAAUUUUGGAUCUCAACAGCGAAGUUAUUACAGCUAUCCUCGUCACAAAAUGUCAAGUACUCCCAAGAGUACAGAACCCAUAGCGUUUCAGUACGGGAGCAUUGAGUGUGGUGGGAGAUGUGAGGGACUUCAUAUUACUACAUUCCCUGAGCAGCAACAAUUGAAGGAUGAAGUUGUACACAUUACUUCUUCUGAAUGCCCAAGAUCCACCGCUUAUUUCUCAGAGGACAAUGAAGAAAAUUGUUUAGAAGAUAACACACAGCAAAAUCAACCAUGCAUCACCUCUUCACCUUGUGCACUAAAAUUCAAUGAUGAGGAAUUUGUUGAUCUAGAAGCUUUGUUUUUGCCGUCACCUAUUGAUGGGGCUGAGGAUGAGCCUCAAGUUUGUUCAACAGAACUACCCAAUAAUUUUGCUAACAAAAAUACACAGGACAUAUUUUCUACUCCUCAUCCUUUAUUGUCCUCUCCUCCGCACCUGCAAUUAGCACAACGUUCAUGUGGUGAUGGGUCACCUUGGCAACCACCAACUGAUCUUUGUGGACUUUCUAUUGAAGAGGUGUCAAAGUGCCUACAAUUUAUAGGUCUACCUGAGGAGGUUGUGUCACUGUUUGUGGUGGAAAAAAUCGAUGGAAAUUUACUUGUACAGCUUACUGAAGAGAUCCUGUCUGAAGAUUUUAAAUUAAGCAAACUCCAAAUCAAGAAACUCUUGCAGUUCAUCAGUGGCUGGAGACCCAAGAUGUAAUGCAAUGACUCGGAUAACAUGGGUGCAAUGUAUCUGACCUCAGCAACUAUUGUUUUGCACUAAUUAACCAUGAUUAUGUGCUGUAUUAAAUCAGUUCAGUAAAUGGUUUGCUUAGUAACUUUAUAUCCUGAUAGAAAUGGCGUCCUAGCAAGAGAGGAGAUAUUGUGCAUUACUUUACUAUCAUCAAUUGCUUGAAUUUCAAGAAAAUAAAAAUGGGUUAUCCAAUAUGUUGUAAAUGUAGUCAAGCUGCAAGUGAUUUGCAGAUCAAGACGAUUUUGUGCAUUUUUGAUCAAAAGGUCCACUCAAUUUGUCUCAGAUUGUUGGCGUACAGACUUAUGGUCUAAUACUACUGUUGUGGGCCAAUGCUGCUGCUUAGCCACCCUGUUCACAUUAUAUUCUCAUGGUAAUUAAUGUAUAAAUUGAUGGUGACACUUCUUUUUACUACUGGACAUAGGUUUCUUUGGGAGAUGUACAAAUGCAGAUUAAUUGGAAUGUUGAGGUUUUUGUGUUGAUUAUGGAAUGAGUAAACUGAACAAAUUGACGUUACAUUAGAUAGGACCAGUUAAUACAAUAAACCCAUUUGGAUCUUUUAAUGUUCUACAGUCAUGAGGUUUAUUGCUUUCAUCUGAAUUUCUUCAUUCUCCGAGUAAGCUUUUUUCUCUAUUUCAUAAUACGUGUAGAAAUCUCCUGAUGUUAGAUUGAUAAGCAGACUUGCUAAAAAACUUUGAGAUGUUUUAUCACCACUUUGAGAUGUAGUUUGUACAUUAACUGAUUCCUUAUUCAAUUUUACAGUUUAAAACUACGUCCAAAGUAGCUGAGAAAUAGUAUCGUUGAAGUGGGAUAGGAGCUGUAAAAAGUCGAUCGAUUGUUGCUUUACAAAGUGUAGGUCAAGACCCCGAGGUGUCAUGUUGAUUUUGAUAAAGACAUUCUAGCUGCUUCUACCAAUCACCAACCUGGCAGUGUUAAUUUUGGGGCUCUUUUGAAAAUAAUGCAAUAGAAUAAUAACUGACAAAGAAAGUGUCUUUCAAUACCUCAGGGCAUCCCAAAACACUUUAGUCAGUUACCUGGUUUUGAACUAUCUUGCCUGAGGUAAUUAAUGGAGAGAAUGUAACAACCAUUUAUGUACAGCAGGAUUCUAGAAAUUGCAGUGAAAAACAAAAUAAAUGUUUUUUUGAUGUUCGUUGAGGGUUAACUGCGAUGACACUGGAUAAUUCUUGCAUACUAAGUCAGAUCAGUGCCAUGGGAUUCUUUAUAUCCAGCUGAGGUAGUAGAUGAGCCAUUUCAUCCUAUUUGAAAAUGGCACCCGAGAACACACAACUUUUCUAUUGUGCUGGCAUUUCAGGCUCAAUAUUCGUGCUCAAAUCUCUAGAGUGAGACCAAAAUCCACAGUCAUCCACUUAGAAAUGAAAGUUAUAGUAGGUUAGCUCAAUUGUGUGCCACAGACAAGAUAGAUACUUGGAGAGCUGAAUUCCAUCCAUUUGUAAUCAAUGGCUGAAAAUGUGUGGCAAUACUCCUUAAGUAUUUUUCCAGAUGUCAGACCUUGCAUUUAGGUUUUACUCUUUUUUUCUCCGUAACAGUGACUGCCCUUCCAAAUAAUUUUGUUUGUAUAUUUUUGAGAGAUGUAGUAAGGCACUAAAUAAAUCCAGAUAACUGUAAAAUUAUGUGUACUCAUGUUAAGAUGACAUUUUCUGUUGGUUAUAACUGAGCUUAAAACGUUUGAGCUAAAAAACAGCAAAUCUCUCAAAUGUCACAUUCUUUGUCAAUUCAGUUUUUACAAAUGUAUAUAGCAAUGCUGGGUUUAAGUAAUUUUGAUAGACAUUAAAAAAUUGGUACAUUUUUAACCUCUUCAUUUUGCCAAACACUUAACGGAUUGCAUUGAAUUUGAAUCCUCACUUCCAAAUCUCGGCUGGAAUACUGAGCAACCCUGUGGAGGUUGGUGGGGGUGUCACAGACAAGCACACCAUAAAAAGACACAAAUUGCUGGAGUAACUCAGCGGGUCAGGCAGCAUUUCUGGGAGACAUGAAUGUGACAUUUCAAGUUGAAACCCUUCAGACUGAUGAAGGGACCCAAACAGAAAACUUUGUGGCAGCACCUGGUGGUGAGCUACGCGUAGUACGAACCCUCGGCUCUGGAGGGAGGAGUCAAGUGUCACAGUGACUGGAGGUGCAGGUCACUGGGCUUCCAGGGCGGUAUAUAAGGUCGGGCAACGCCUGUGCCCCAUGGUAGGAGUUAGGAGCUGUAUGGAGGAAGAAUAAAUGACAAUUGCUUGCACAAACCUUGUGUCUGUUAUUCCUGGCUGGACAUCAGCGUGUCCCCGCCACGACGUUGUCCAUCAUAUCUUCUAGAGAUGCUGUGUGGUCUGCUGAGUUACUACAGUACUUUGUGUCUUUUUUUUGUAAACCAGCAUCUGCAGUACCUUGUCUACGAGUCUACAAGCACCACACCAUCUUGGUGUUUUGGAUUGGGUAGUAAGUAUGGCUUUGCCACCAAAAUAUUUAUCCUACCAAUAAGAAACAGCUACUGAGUAAAUCAAUUAAUCUUUUUUUGCCAAUUCACCCCUUCACAACAUCUUGAAUCUGUGGAGGGGCCAUUAUUGUGAAUUAAAUGUGCCUAGUCUAUUACACAAUACUGGACCGUGCCAUACCAUGUGUUUAACAGACUUUAUUCAGCACGGAAGAAUUGUGAGAUCCUUGAAUAAUUCUGAGAUGCUAAGAAACAUUAAUGAUCUAUUAGAAUAAAGUAAAACAAUUAUAAUUUGAAAUAGAAACUGAAAUUUAAAAUUUAAAAAGUUUUAAAAGUCUAAAUUAACAGUCUCGAAUAUGUGAAAUAAUGUAUGGAGUGACAUGUGGGAAAUGUUUGGCUUCUGUGCUUUAAUGGAUUUCAGUCUACUGGGCCAUAAUGUUUAAUUCAUUGUGAUCCAUGGGGUUGUCUUCUGGGAAAAGCCUGUGGUGUAGCUCAUCUGUUGCAUGGCAGCAUAGGGUAUCUCUAUGUACCUAAGAUGCUGCUAGAAGCAAGAUUUUCAUUGUAUCUACACCUCACUUUCAUUCCGAAUAUAACAAUAAACCCAACUUGACCUGACUAGCAAGUGACCUGCUGCAGUGACAGAUGUAAUUGACAUCAAUGAGACUCUGACUUGAUGGCUCUCAAACUUGCUAUUCAAAUUGAGUGUUCAUGCUCACCUGAGAACUGUCAAAAAUUAUUGUUAAUAGGUUUAUUUUUUAAAUGUUUUAAAACAAAUACAACUAUCAUAUGUCACUCCACAGAAACAGGCACCAGCCCAUCGGGUCCACAUUGAUCAUCAACUAUCCUUUAUACUAAUCCUACAUUAAUAUCAAUUUGAUUCUCCCCACGUCCUCUUCUACCUCCAGAUUCUACUGCUGCCUCCACUUUGGGGCGAUUCAAUAUCCAAUUAACUUAUGUACUAACAUGUCUUUAAGAUGCGGGUGGAAACCAGAGCACUCUGAGUAUACCCACAUCGUGACACAGUGAACGUGCAAACAUCACACAGACAGGGCCCUGAGGUCAGGAUUAAAUCUGGAUCUCAGGCACUGAGAGUUACCUUCAACAGCUGAUUUCUUGCUUUGAUUUGAAUAGACUUGCUGUUCUUCUACAAUGAAAUUUGCAGGGCAGGCAUCCCAGCAUGAGAAAUGAGAAACUUGUAGAAGUGCACACUGCUAUUGUAUUUCAUGACUGGCAGCAGAGACAGCUCAUGACCAGUGUUACACUGAGCAGAAGACUGGACCAUAGUAUCUGGACCAGCCAGUUGUGAGUGUUUCCAUCAACAGAUUUUGUGUAGCUCUCAGAGAACAUUUUUGGUAUUAUAAAUAUCUAAGCCUGCCAUUUUCACCCAUUCCUUCUAUUCAGAAGGGGGGGGGGGGGGGAACGGGACGGGACGCCAUUACGCAGGAUUAAUCAAUCUAAAAUAUAAAAUCAGCACAUUUUUGCCAAAUUUCGCACAUGGUGAACUGGAAUUCAAUGUUGAAUGCAGUUGUCUGCCUAGCGGGGACCCACCAAUAUGAAAUUCUAAAAGUUGCUGUUAUGUGAAGGGUUAUCGGUGCAUUAAUAUUGGAUGGGAUUAAUAUAGGAUUUGUUGGUCAGCAUGAAUGAUGGGCUGAAGGGCCUACUUCUGAGUUGUAUGUCUCUAUGACUAUGAAUAUAUUGACUAAGGAAUUUGAGCAUGCAGCAUUAAAUAAAUAUUUCAUCUUCAAGUUAAGAAUCUGUGUAAGGGCUGCAACAAAAUCGAUAUAACAAUUGAUAUAAACUUGUUGCAUCUGUAAAAUAAACAAUUUUGAUGGAAGAUCAUACACUCAGAACAUGAACUAUUUCGCCUUGGUAACGAUUCUGCCUAACAUCACUUUUGAUGGAAGAUACCCAGAACAUGUGAAUUAGCUAAAGGAGGAGGUCACUUGGUCCUUCAAGUCUGCUUUUCCAUUUUGUAAGAGCAUGACCACUCAGAUUGUAUCUUAAAGUCUACAUUUUUAGCUAGCCAUGUUCUUCCUCUUGUUUAUUAAAUAUCUACCUACCUUUGCUUUAAAAAUAUUCAGACUGCUUCCACUGAUGUUACAGGAAGAAAAUUCCAAAAAUUUACGAUCAUCAUAAAGAAAACUGUUUUGUUUCUUCAUAGAUUAAUUUUACUUUUGCACAUUUAAAAUGAUUAAAUCGUUGGCAAUGUCCAUGGUGCAAGCUUUCAAGUAUAGCAUUUGUUCUGUGAGAAUAAUUUUCAAAUAAACACAGAAAUUUCUCUCUGGUCACUGGAGCUACAGAUGUGGAAGAGGAUUUGCUGCUUGGCUCUGGUAUCCAGUACUCUCAGGUGUAACCAAAGAUGGAUCAUUUCUCCAGCACGUUUUAAAAUUUAGUUUCUUUAGCCAAAGAAAAUUGUCCUUUUGCCAAUGUCCAGAUAUAAAACUAAUAAGUUUUAGAAUGAUACAUAGAACUUGGGAAAUACUCAGCAAUUAAGUAAACACAGGAAAUGCUUGUCUGAGCAAGGCAAAGGAGAUUCAUAUAACAUAGAACAGUACAGCACAGGAACAGGCCCUUCGGUCCACAAUGACUGUGCCGAACAUGAUGACAAAUUAAACAAAUCCCUUCUGCCUGCAGAUGAUCCAUAUCCUUCCAAUCCCUGCAUAUUCUUAAAGCCUCAAAUGUCACAGUUUAAACGCUCCAGGUCAAUAUCUUUUUACCAAUUCCUUAGUAAAGUAAUAUAACAUUCAAACUGUCUUUUUUUCCACAGAUACAGACUGCCUGUUGGGAACUUCGAGCACUUUCUGUAAUAUUUACGAUUUCGAGAGGUGCAUUUUGCUUUUGAAUGAUAACAUUUUAGUUCAAAAUAUUGAGCUAUUAGGUUUUGGUUCGUUUUUGUUUUACUGUUGAUCAUCUGUCAAAACACUUGAGAUUAGAUUUGAUGGUUAAGCUACUCUGCCUUUCUAAAUUGCAAAUAUUUGAAAAUGAAAAUUGGGUGUACUGGUUAUUCCAAGGAGAUCCUGCAAUUCUACAAGGAAAAAUAAAAAAAAUAUAUAGUGCUAUAACAAUCCAAACAUUAAUUCUUCAAAUAAUCCUUCCAAUCAUACAAAAGGCAAGGUAGUUUGUGAGCAGCAUUCUUGUGUUUAUUGGAUUGCUUUUUUGAUUGGUUCUUGUGAGAAAAGUGAGCCUAAAUAUGUUUUGUACUGUUAAUUGUUUAUGAAACAGUUGCCAAAACUAUUGGGACACAUUUCUAAAAAUGUAGCACAUUAAUUAACUUUUAAUAAUGUUUAUUCAAGCCAUCUUCUAUAUAAAUGGUUUGGUGCUGUUUCUGCAUUGGGUAAAUUAAACUGCUUGUAUAUGAAACACACCUAGUUGUUGGUUUUAGUUUUUUUCUUUUUUCGUAUGGCUGUAUGGUAAUUCGCAUAUCACUGUGCCUUAAUUGGUACAUGUGACAAUAAAAGACCUUUGAAACC